AUGUCCAAGAGAUCGUAUACUCCAAACCUAGGUACAAUGGGGUCAUCUUCCCAUAGUUCAAUCCUACCAACCACUAUUAACGAUCUUUCACAAGAUGAUCUGGCAUCAUUUAGAUCGGGAAGAAGUUCAACUUCAAAUGGAACUAAUAGAAGUAGGGUGUUUGGAUCUAGAACAGAUAGAUUCUCUCCAUCAAGAUCAAAUUUCAAAAUACCCAUUUUCAUUAAAAGAUUUUUCAAACCUCCAACAUUGGAUUUUGAAACUGCAAUAUGGGAGAUUUUUUAUCUUAUUGUUUCACCAAAGAGAGUUUAUAAAUCUUUAUAUUAUCAUAAACAGACCAAAAAUAGAUGGGCAAGAGAUGAUCCUUCAUUCAUGAUAUUAUUAGUUGGGUUUUUAACAUUAAGUGCGAUUGCAUGGGGUGUUGCAUAUUCACCAAAUAUUAUUUCAAUAUUAAAAUUAAUUCUUUAUAUGGUUUUCAUUGAUUUUUUCAUUGUUGGUGUAUUUAUAUCAACAUUAGGUUGGUUUUUAGCAAAUAGAUUCUUUAGAAAAAGAAACACAAAUAAUACAAUUGGUGCUGUAACUGAAGGUGAUUUAGAAUGGGCUUAUUGUUUUGAUGUUCAUUGUAAUUCAUUCUUGGUCAUUUGGGUAUUAUUAUAUAUGAUUCAAUUCAUUUUAUUACCAUUAUUAACAAUGUCAAAUUGGUUUGGAUUAUUCUUGGGUAAUACAUUAUACUUCAUAAGUAUAAGUUAUUACUUUAUCAUAACUUUUUAUGGUUAUAAUGCAUUACCAUUCUUGGAGCAUACACAAUUAAUUUUAUUCCCAAUUGGAAUUUUUUCAGUUUUAUAUUUUAUUAGUUUAUUUGGAUUUAAUGUUGCUAAAGCUAUGACUUCAAAUUAUUUUAGUUAA